ACUUGUGAACUGUGCUCGUGAGCUUGUGCAAUGUGCCGCUGGUGUCGACGCCCACCGAACAAGUGCUAGAAAGAUCUUUGGCGGAGCGACGAGGUGGCCCGUGGCCGCACACACAUGCCCGCAGCCCACGCGUACUUGCACGACAAGACGCGACACGUCGCCUGUGCGUCACUCGCUCGACGGAGGUCCACCCCAGUCACAGGUGCUUGGCGGCAUCCAUGGGCCAUGGCCGCCGAAAUUGAGAGCGGAGACCAGGAGGAUGCCGCCAAGGCCGCCAGCCCACGCGCCCUCCCAUCUUCCACUUGCACGAGCACGGCCGCACGAGACGCACCCCCCACGGCGCGGCAUUCCGUCGAGCACGGGCCAUGGCAAUGGGAUCGCCCCGCCGCCGUGCUCCGCGGCCGAUGCCCCUGCCGCUCCUCCUCCUGCUGUUCUUCCUCGUCGCCGGCAGCGGCGAGGCCAAUGCCGCCGUGAGGGGGGCGGACGACGGCGCCCGGCCCAGCCCCAUAAAGAACGUGGUGGUGCUGGCGCUGGAGAACCGGUCGUUCGACCACAUGCUGGGGUGGACGCGCCGCCUGCUUGGCCUCCCCGUCGACGGGCUCACCGGCGCCGAGUGCAACCCCAACUCCGCCAACUCCACCACCACCUCGUCCUCCUCCUCCAUCUGCGUGUCCGCCGACGCCGACCUCGUCGUCCCCGACGACCCGGGCCACUCCUUCGAGGACGUCCUGGAGCAGGUCUUCGGCAACAUCUCCUCCGGCGCCGGCGCCGCCGCGGCGCAGCCCUCCAUGUCGGGCUUCGUCCGCAGCGCGCUCUCCGUCAACGCGCUGCUCUCCUCCGCCGUCAUGCGCGCCUUCCGCCCCUCCCUCCUGCCCACCUUCUCCGCGCUCGCCCCGGCCUUCGCCGUCUUCGACCGCUGGUUCUCCUCCAUCCCGGGGCCCACCCAGCCCAACCGCCUCUUCCUCUACUCCGCCACCUCCCGCGGCGCCGUCGCGCACGACAAGCUCGACCUCCUCCUCGGCUACCCGCAGCGCACCAUCUUCGACUCCCUCGCCGCCGACGGCCGGGGCUUCGGCGUCUACUUCAAGACCAUCCCCACCGUCCUCUUCUACCGCCGCCUCCGCGCGCUCCGCUACGCCGCCCGCAGCUUCCACCGCUACGACGCCGCCUUCCGGGACCACGCCCGCCGCGGCGUCCUCCCGGCGCUCUCCGUCAUCGAGCCCAGGUACUUCGACCUCACGGGGACCCCCGCCGACGACGACCACCCGGCGCACGACGUCGCCAACGGCCAGCGCCUCGUCAAGGACGUGUACGAGGCGCUCCGGGCGAGCCCGCAGUGGAACCAGACGCUGCUCAUCGUCACCUACGACGAGCACGGCGGCUUCUACGACCACGUCUCCACGCCCACCGCCGGCGUGCCCAGCCCCGACGGCAUCCGCGGCCCGCCGCCAUUCUUCUUCAAGUUCGACCGCCUCGGCGUCAGGGUGCCCACCAUCAUGGUCUCGCCGUGGAUCAAGAAGGGCACCGUCGUCGGCCGACCCGCCGGGCCCACCGACACCUCCGAGUUCGAGCACUCCUCCAUCCCGGCCACCCUCAAGAAGAUCUUCAACCUCUCGUCGGAUUUCCUCACCAAGAGGGACGCGUGGGCCGGCACAUUCGAGCACAUCUUCACCGAGCUCGACCAACCAAGAACGGACUGCCCAGAGACACUGCCAGAGGUGCCAUUCGAGAGGCCAACCCCGCCCAACGAACACGGGUGGCUCUCGGACUUCCAGCGGGAGCUCGUGGAGCUCGCGAGCUUCCUGAACGGCGACUACAUGCUGACGAGCCUCGCGCAGGAGACCCGGAGGAAGAAGAUGACGGUGAAGCAGGCCGAUGCUUACGUGCGGCGCGCCAUCACCGGCUUCCUGCAGGCGAGCAAGCAGGCGGUGCGGCUGGGCGCCAACGAGUCCGCCAUCGUGACCAUGCGGUCGUCCCUGACGAGUAAGACGACGACCAGCUCAAGCCCUUGAUUGUUGAUGAGUAUGCUAAUAUACAUAGCUAGUUAACAGAUCUGAAAAGAUAAAUGUAUAUCGUCUUUGAAGUAUUAACCGAAUAGCGAACUGCGCUGGAGUCUUUAUAUAUAUAGGUUUUGUUUCCCUUUGCGAAGUUGUAAUACCUUACCAAUGUAUAAGAGUCAAAUUUCUGAAACUCUGAAUGUCUGAUCUUGAAACGUUUGAGCUCAAAUGUAGGUUGAACAUUUGUGCCUCAUUUUGAUCUGAAAUAUAUGGAGUAUAGCUGCGGUGCUUUGUUUGUUC